UGGCUCCGCCCCUCUGUCUGUCGCGCUGCAUUUCGGGCGAGAGGAAGCCGCGGAGCGCUCCGGUAGGGAGAGUGACGUGACGUCACAUCCGCCGUGUGUGGUGUUAUUAUUGUUCCUGUGAGCGGAGCGAGGCGGAGGAGAGGAGGACCGGAUCAAGAAUCUGGACUUCACUGGCUGCUUGCUUGUCCUGGGUUGUGCAAGCAAUGAACUUUUGUAACCUUCCCCCGCUGCUAAUCCCGAGGAACCGCAGAGGAAGCCAUGUUCAGCUUCAUGAGGGACACCGAGCCACAGGACCCCGCCAUGUUCCUAAUGGAUCCUUUCGCGUUGCAUCGCCAGCAUAUGAGACGCAUGUUUUCUGGAAAUUUUGGGAUGUCGCCGUUCCUGAGCCUGACGGACGGGAGUGUGCCUGGACUCGCUCGUUCUGCAGCCCCUCGUGACAUGCAGGCCGGUGCCUUAUCACCCUACGGUAUGAUGGGAAUGGGGGGCGGAUUCAUGGACAUGUUUGGAUUGAUGAACGAUCUUAUGGGAGGUAUGGAACAACUGUCCAGCGGGUCAAACUGUCAGACAUUCUCUUCUUCCACGGUCAUUUCCUACUCCAAUAUGUUGGGGAGCGGCACCCCUAAAGUAUAUCAGGAGACAUCACAGACGUGCACCGCUCCCGGCGGGAUUUGUGAGACGAGACGCACAAUGCGGGAUUCGGAUAGCGGAAUGGAACAGAUGAGCAUCGGUCACCAUAUUGGAGAGCGGGCGCACAUCAUGCAGCGCUCUCACAACCGUCGCACGGGAGACCGCGAGGAGAGGCAGGAGUAUAUAAACAUGGAUGAAAAUGAUGUUGGUGGUUUUAAUGAAGAAUGGCACAGGGGGACCUCCCGUUACCGGAGUCAGAGGGGCCUGCAGUAUAGAAGGAGAGCAGCCCCAGAGGAGAGACUCGCCAUCCAGGGACCUGAAGACAGCACAGCCCGCCCAUCCCGCCGAUACGACUGGUGAUAGCUGAUUUAAUGCACAAAAACGGGACAAUUUGAAAUCCCAACCGUUCCGAAUAUUCCCGAAGGGACCACUUCUUCCUCACGCCGCUCCAUCAUCUCCCUGACAACUCUCUUGUGCCCCUCCCCCUUCCUCGCUCCCCGUAUUUUUUCCUCCUAGGUUUUUCCACGUCUGCACUUUUUUAUUUUUAUUUGCCGAUUUACCUGAAAAGCAUUGGACAUCCCGG